AUGGCGAACCAAGAUGGACAAGUGGCACGGAUUCUGGGAGAAACGACUGAGAUGCUACGGGGCAAAGUGCUGCAGAUGGAAAAACAUCUCCAAGAAAUAGGGAGAAAGAUUGAGGAGGCAGUAGGAUUGCUGAACUUGGAUUCGCAUGAGGGAGCAGAGCCCUGGGAAGAGGACCCCGAUCCCGGUGAGGAAGAAGAACCAGAAGAUGAAGAAGAGGAACCAGAAGAAGAACAGGAAGAACCUCAAGACAUGGAAGAACCUCCCGACGUAGGGGUAGAAGUAGAGGAGAACCCGUUUGAUAUGUUCCCGGAGUUCCAAGGAAACGAUACAGACAAAGAAUCUGGUUAUUAUGCCCCUACUGAUGAGGGAACAGACUUCUAUGCGCCUUUACCCACGAUGAUGCCUACCGUCUCUGCUUUGGCUUCGGAACACUUUGGAAGGGAAAAUAUCCCCGUCCCAGCCCCGUGGAGCAUAGCCUUCAAAGAUCGAUCUUCUCCAUUCAGGGAUAAAGUAGCCAGGAGGGAGGAAGCCGACGCAGAAAAGAAAACCAUCAAAGGGAAAAGGGCCUCUCCCCCUUCCCAGUGUUGA